UUUCAUAUUUGAAUGAUGUUUAUUUCAGGUUCUUUUGCUCCGGCUGGGCCAGGAACGAUAUGGAAGAAAAGUUCUCCCGAUAGGGUUGAAAUAGAAGCUUAUAAAAAAUUGAUGAAAGACCCACUUUCUUCAAUGGUGCCACAUUUUUAUAAAGAUGUUGAAUACAAUAACGAAUAUUUUAUUGAAAUGCAAGAUCUCUUACAUAACUUUAAAAACCCUGCAGUUAUGGAUAUUAAAAUGGGAACACGAACUUUCUUGGAGUCUGAAGUUGAAAAUGCCAAAGCUAGGAGUGAUCUGUAUGAAAAAAUGUUAAAAGUUGACCCCACUGCUCCUACUGCUGAAGAACUAGAAACCAAAGCUAUAACCAAACUUAGGUAUAUGCAAUUCAGAGAAAAUCUGAGCUCCUCAGCAGAACUGGGCUUUCGAAUUGAGGGUUUCAAAGUGCAUGGUGAAGAACCAACAAAAGACCUUAAAUGUUUAAAGUCAAGAGAUGAGAUCUGUAGGACAAUGAAGCAAUUCUUAAAUGGGAGUGAAAAAGUGCGGUUAUUGUUGAUUGCCAGACUUGAAAAUCUGAAAGCCAAAUUAGAAAAAUCCACAUUCUUUAGGCAUCAUGAGGUUAUUGGCAGUAGUAUACUCAUAAUACACGAUGGCAAGAAAGCUGGUGCUUGGAUGAUAGAUUUCGCAAAAACAUUACCACUCCCAGAGGGUGUCACGACAGAUCACAGAUCUAAAUGGUGCAAUGGCAAUCAUGAAGAUGGCUACCUAACUGGUCUAGAUAACUUAAUACAUGUCCUGAAACAGUGUGGAAAAUCAAGGAGCAAGAGUAAAUCAUAGGAAAAAAUUCCAUUGUUACAUUUAUUUGGGAAUUUAAAGCUUACAGUGGCAUGAUUCCUGAAUUUUUUAUCGUCGUUUAGUAGUUCAUUU